CUGCAGGGUCCAGAGAAAUUUCGGCCGCGGUCAGCCUGGGCGCCUUGGAACUAUGAUUCAGAGCUUCUCGCUUUUAGGAGCAGACUUGGCGUAACGGUAGACGUGGAGACUCUUCGUCUUUGCCUUACAGACAAGUCUUAUGCCGCGUUUGUUGUGGAUGUUGGCGAUGCCACUGGCCCAAUCGAUAAUCGGGAAUUAGCUGAAACAGGACGCCGCUCGUCGGAGGCCUAUAUCUGUGGAUUUUUACGGAAAUUCUAUCCUCGCCUACCCGAGGAGUGGAUUGCCUGCGUGAAAGAUCGCCUUCUCUCAGAUAGCGAUUUGGCUCACGUUGGCGCACACCUCGGUAUGACAGAUAUCCUCCUGUACACAUUAGAAGAAGCGCAACCAGCCGGAGAGUCUCGAUUGCUACCUCAGGUUACAGGCCCACCCUCCUUGAACUCCAUAGCUACGUCGUUUCUAGCAGUUGUCGGUGCACUGGCCAAUGACCAGCAGGCCGCGCAUCUUUUUAUCAGAGAUUUUAUCCUCACGCGGUUGCUACACCUGGAGUUCUGUGCCGACUUUGACUUUCCUUUACAAGAAGAUCCAUUUUCUCUGCUGGAGGGCGUCCUUCGGUCCCAAAAACGCGGUCCACCGGAAGCCAGACUACAAAGACAGAGCAGUAUGAACACUCUGUUGGCGUGCUACCAAGUUGGCAUUUACAGUGAUUGUCAAUUAGUCGGAGAAGCGCCGGGGGAAACAAUUGAAAUAGCCGAGAAGGAAGCAACGCUUCAGGCGCUAAGAAACCUCUUUGGCAUCCACGACAGCCGUCCUCCGCUACCCCUCAGUGGUGCCUACAUCCCGGUGGAUGGACUGCCCCCCAACCCUUCUCUUAGUGACUACAUUAGCGCUUCCUUGUAG